CAUGGGGAAAGGUCUGUACAUCAGCAAAGCUGUGGCAGUAACCUGUGUGGUUGCAGCCAUCGCUGCUGUGGCCACCAUCAUAGCCUUGGCUGUGGUUUACGCUCAGGAGAAGUCAAAGAAUGAAGUUGCACCUCCAGUCACUGCCAGUCCCACCAGCCCCCCCAUCCCCACCACGCCUUCCCCCCCGAAGGAGCCCUGGGACCACUACAGACUUCCAGAUUCCCUGUCUCCUGUCUCCUACAACGUCACCCUGUGGCCCCGACUGAAGCCCAACGCAGAAGACCUUUACAUCUUCACUGGAAACUCCACGGUGGUCUUCAAAUGUGUGAAGGAGACUGACCUCAUCAUCAUCCACUCCAACAAGCUGAACCUCACCAAAUUUGGGGAAUACCAUGCCAAGCUGAGCGGCCUCCAUGGAGCCACUGCGCCCAGUCUGAAAAAGACCUGGCUAGAAGAACCGACCCAGUACCUGGUGGUCCAGCUCAACGGCCCACUGAAGCCCGGCAGCAUGUACGAGCUCUUCACAGACUUCGUUGGAGAGCUGGCCGACGACCUGGGGGGAUUCUACAGGAGUGAAUACACGGAAGAUGGCGUAAAAAAAGUUUUGGCCACAACUCAAAUGCAGCCAACGGAUGCCAGGAAAGCCUUCCCUUGCUUCGAUGAGCCCGCUAUGAAAGCUGUCUUCCACAUGACUCUCAUUCACCCCCGUGAGACUGUGGCUCUGUCCAACGGCAUGAACCUCCACAUAGACCCUGUUAACAUCCCGGGACACGAUUUAAUCCAGACAAGCUUUGAACCCACAGAGAUUAUGUCAACCUACUUGCUGGCCUUUGUUGUCUGUGAAUUUACAUUCAUUACAUCAAACCCCCAGGCAGAAGUUUUGAUCAGGAUCUGGGCUCGCAGGAAGGCUAUAGAGGAGGGACAGGGGGACUAUGCUCUGAAUAAGACUGGGCCCAUACUGGCAUACUUUGAGAACUACUACAAUUCUACUUACCCUCUGAGCAAGUCAGACCAAAUUGCACUUCCUGACUUCAGUGCUGGAGCCAUGGAGAACUGGGGCCUGAUCACCUACAGAGAAACUGCCCUCUUAUAUAAUCCUGGUGUGUCAUCCAAUGGAGACAAGGAGUGGGUGGCAACAGUCAUCGCACAUGAGCUUGCGCAUAUGUGGUUUGGAAACUUGGUGACCACUAGGUGGUGGAAUGACUUGUGGCUCAAUGAAGGGUUUGCCACCUAUGUCUCGUAUCUUGGAGCCGACUAUGCUGAACCAACGUGGAACAUGAAAGAUUUAAUAGUUAUGAACGAAAUCACUCAUGUAAUGGGUGUAGAUGCCUUGGCCUCCUCCCACCCACUCUCUUCGAAAGAGGAGGACAUCCUAAAGCCCGAGCAGAUCAGUGAACUGUUUGACUCCAUCACAUACAGCAAGGGCGCUGCAGUCCUGAGGAUGCUCUCAGAGUUCAUCACUGAGAGCGUCUUUUCCAAAGGACUCCAAACAUACUUAGAGGAGUUCAAGUAUAAGAACACAGUCUACCAAGACCUAUGGAAGCAUCUGCAAAUGGCAGUGGAUAAAGCCGGUAUAGUGCUGCCCACCUCUGUAGAGGAGAUUAUGAACCGGUGGAUCCUACAGAUGGGAUUCCCAGUGGUCACCAUCAACACCCAGACUGGAGAAAUCACCCAGAAACACUUCUUGUUGGACCCUGAUUCUGAAGUAGACAGACCCUCACCGUACAACUAUAAGUGGAUAGUCCCCAUUACGUGGAUGAAGACUGGUGAAACUAAACCGGACUACUGGCUUCUUGACGAAAAAACUACAAACACAAACAUGACUCUUGAUGCUGGUGAGUGGCUGGUGGCCAACAUAAAUACGAAGGGCUUCUACAGGGUCAACUACGACUCUGAAAAUUGGGAACGCCUCCUCGCUAAGCUGAGCACCGGACAUCAGGAUAUACCAGUGAUCAACCGAGCUCAAAUUAUAGAUGAUGCUUUUAACCUUGCGAGGGCAAAGAUGGUGAACAUAACUCUGGCUCUGAGUACGACCAAGUACCUAGAUAAAGAAGUUGAAUACAUGCCCUGGGAGACAGCCAAUAACAACCUGGACUACUUCUACCUGAUGUUUGACCGCAGUGAAGUGUAUGGUCCCAUGCAGGCUUACUUAAAGAAAAAGGUCACCCCUCUGUUUAACUACUUCAAAGACAUCACUAACAACUGGGCUGACGUACCAGCAAACCACACCGACCAGUACAACCAGGUGAAUGCAAUCUCUAUAGCCUGCAGCACUGGAGUGGAAGGUUGUAAGGAGCUCACCACUGGUUGGUUCAGAGAAUGGAUGGAAAAUCCAGCUGUCAACAAAAUCAGUCCCAACUUGAAGUAUGUAGUGUACUGCAGUGCGAUUGCUGAAGGAGGAGUGGACGAGUGGGACUUUGCUUGGUCCAUGUAUGAGAACGCUACCAUUGCUUCAGAAGCUGAUAAACUCAUGCAUGCUCUGGCCUGCACCAGACAGCCCUGGCUGCUGAACAGGUAUCUGCACUAUUGUCUGGACCCAGAGAAGAUCCGUAAGCAAGAUGCCCCCUCCGCCAUCAUUGCCAUUGCUAGUAAAGUCAUCGGUCAACCUCUGGCAUGGGACUUUAUCAGAGAAAAAUGGGACUUUAUCUACAAUGAAUAUGGUGCUGGAACAUUUUCCUUUGGAGGAUUAAUUAGUGGAGUGACCAGACGAUUUUCUUCUGAGUUUGAAUACAACCAGCUGCUGCAGUUCAAGGAAGACAAUGUAGGGCAGCUCGAAGGGAGUCUUGAUCAGGCGCUGGAGAGAACCAAGACCAACAUGAACUGGGUGGCCACGAACAAGGAACUGGUGCAUAAAUGGUUCAGCAGUGAAACUAAACUUUAAGUUAACUCUCAGAUGUAGAUAUGUAAUGGAGCUUUUUUUAAAUGUAAAGUUUUGAUUAUACAUUUUUAUGGAUAAAGACUAUUUGAUACCAAAAUAAGGUUUUGUAUGUGGAAGAAAUGUUGUAAUAUUGUACAUACUGAAGAUUUUGAAUAAAUGUCACACACAAAAGUGUGAAAUUAUGAGCUCAUCGAGCUGCAUCCCCAUAUUUUUUCAUCAUCUGUGGAUGCCAGUCUUUGAAAUAAAAGCCAUAUUAAUUUAU